GCUAACAGCCGGAGUGUGUAAUGGCGGCCUCGGUGUUGUUGGGGUCUGCGGACAACACCGGACUCAGCUUCACGGUGGGAGGCGGCGGCACUGGGAAUGUUUUAGUCGGGAAUAAUAAUGGACUGGGACCGGCGGGGCCGGCGCCCUGGAACCGUUCUCUUGACCGGGCGCUGGACGAAGCCUCGGCCACCGGGUGUCUGAACCUCAGCGGCAGGAAGCUGAAAGAGUUCCCCCGGAGCGCCGCCAACCACGACCUGACGGACACCACCAGGGCCGAUCUGUCUCGUAACCGUCUGUCCGAGCUUCCUCUGGAGGUCUGUCUGUUCGUGUCUCUGGAGAGCCUGAACCUCUACCAGAACUGUCUGAGGUCUCUGCCAGAUAGUCUGCUCAACCUGCAGGCCCUCACCUACCUGAACCUCAGUCGGAACCAGCUGUCUGUCCUCCCUGUGGUGGUCUGCAGUCUUCCUCUGAAGGUUUUGAUCGCCUGCAACAACAAACUGGUUUCUCUUCCAGAAGAACUGGGUCAGCUGAGACACCUGACUGAACUGGAUGUCAGCUGUAAUGAGAUCCAGACUUUACCAUCUCAGGUGGGUCAGCUGGAGGCUCUACGAGACCUGAAUAUCAGGAGGAACCACCUGGUCAGACUGCCCCCAGAGCUGGCAGAGCUCCCUCUGGUGCGUCUGGAUUUCUCCUGUAACAAGGUGACCUCCAUCCCCGUCUGUUAUCGACGACUCGCACAGCUACAGACCAUCGUCCUCGACAACAAUCCUCUGCAGACCCCACCUGCCCAGAUCUGUAUUAAAGGGAAGGUCCACAUAUUUAAAUACCUGAACCUGGAGGCCAGUAAGACGACCCCUGACCUCCCAGACUAUGACAGACGACCUCUGACCUUCAGCUCCUGUGUUGAUGAGCUGUACCCUGGUCGUCCAUAUGGAGCACUGGAUUCAGGCUUCAACAGCGUUGACAGCGGAGACAAGAGGUGGUCAGGGAACGAGCCCACCGAGGAGCUGUCGGAGCUGCCACAGAGAGUGGCUGAGAUCAGCAGAGACCAGAGACUGAGACCAGCAGGGGGAGGAGGACCACUACUGGCUAACGGAACACAUGUAGAGCUGGAGCAGAUAGACUUCAUAGACAGCUGUGUGGGGGAGGAGGAGGAGGAGGGGGGGGGGAGUCGAGGAGGUGGAGGAGGAGGAGGGGACAGCGCCAGCCUGAGCUCUCAGUUCAUGGCCUACAUCGAGAGACGCAUCACCAGAGAGGGUUCUCCAGUCAAAACCAACUCACCGAGGACAGAGGACACAAGGAGACACAUCCGGAGUGUGGUCGAUGGUGUCACAGCACCCUCUACCUCCCAAAACCAGAGAGGAGGUGUCGGUCCAGGAGGGGUGGAGAGGGUGAGGAGGGAAGCUCAGCUCGCUGCUCUGAGGUACGACGAGGAGAGACAGAAGACCCGUUCUCUGCAGAGAGACAACGUCACCAGUUACACCAAGCAUAAAGCAGCUCAGAGUCCAACAAAGUCCAGUCCAGACAGUGAGACUGUCUACCCCUCCAGACGCUCCACCCACACUGAUGACUCCGCCCUCUUCAUGGGAGAGGACAGAGCAGCUCUGUCUCCUACAGCCAAUCAGUCGCCUUCUUACCCCAGCUCAGGGGGUGGGUCCUCCUGUCGGACGGCCAGUCUGAGACCAGAAAGCUUCCUGUUUCGCCUUGGCCAGAAAGAAGAGAAGAGGAAAGGUGACGCUACUGCCGCUCCUCAGAACCAGGAGGAGGCUUGUGCUGCUCCUCCCCUGGUUGGAGAAGAUGCUGAGCUGGUGGAGCAGCUCAGGAAGAACAUUGAAGCUCGGCUCAAAGUGUCGUUGCCGAGCGACCUGGGAGCAGCUCUGACAGAUGGGGUGGUGCUGUGUCACCUGGCCAAUCACGUGAGACCACGGUCCGUCCCCAGCAUCCACGUCCCCUCUCCUGCUGUGCCUAAACUCACCAUGGCCAAAUGUCGACGAAAUGUAGAGAACUUCCUGGAGGCGUGUCGCAGGAUUGGAGUCCCACAGAGUCAGUUGUGUCUUCCCCUUCACAUCCUGGAAGAGCGAGGGCUCCCCCAAGUGGCUGGCACCGUCAGCGCUCUGCUCAACCUGGCCCCACCCCGACACCCCGCCACCACGACAACCACCACAACAUCAUCAUCAACCACAUCUGGACCCUCCGUCACCAUGUAGACAACACUAACACCACCGCCACCAUCAUCAUCGUUGUCAUCAUCACCACUGCACACGCUCAGUCAGCCUCAGGAAACCAGAUGAGUUUUAGAUAAAAACCUCCAGAGCAGCAGGUCGGCAUCUAAUGGAGACAUGAACAGAGCUGAACGUCAAUAACACAGUGACACUAGUUCCGAUUAUAUCUCUGAAUGAUCAGUCUUUAGUUGAAUUAAAGUCUUAGUGACAUGACAGAGUGCUUAGAUGUGGGCACAGUUGAGCCGAUAUCCACAAUAAACAAGUCAGUGACACCACAAAGCACUCACGACAGCAGCUACAGCAUGAAGAAAAGUGAGAACAUUUAAAUGUAUUCUUUAAUACACAGCAGCUGUUCUGGACGAUGACACAUUUCCUCCAGAAGCAGGAAUAAUCUGCAUUUGUACACAUAUUUAUUAAAUAUUCUCACUUUUCUGUAUUAAACAACUUCCCUCCUUUCUCAACAUGGUCAUGCUAUUUAAUGUAUACACCUCAGUUCAGGGUGAGUUAUUACAAAUAUUUUAACUUUUUACAAGAAAAAAGAUUUUUUUAACAUACGAGAUAAUGUACAUGAUUAAUUAAUGCUAACUGUUGACUUUUGUGGGUCUAGCUGGUUUGAAAAUUUAUCACCUUCUUACUAGUGAAGUGAGACCUGAUUUUGCCUUCUUUUCUUGUUUUUUUUUUUUGACUGCCAGUCAGUUUAAACACUGUUACAGACCAAUGUGGAGGUUGAUAGUUUCUUAGUUUUCUGCAAUCUUUAUCUGACAUUAUUGACCAUUUAAUUUUAUUUAACUUAUAUAUUUAUGGUUGUUUCUAACACAUUAAGACACAAAAUAAAAUAAAAAUAUUAAAAUAAAACUACAACUUAACAACCUAAAGUAAAAUAUCACCCACACACAAAAUCAAAUCAACAAACAUUUCACUAAUAAACCAUCUCCAUAAAUAAAUAAAGUGAGUGAGCACAUUAAGCUAUUGUAGCUAAUUGCUAACGUAGAUAUACAGUUGUUAGUUUAAAAAUGACACUAAUGUAGCUUGCUGCUAACAAUUGCCAACACUGAUUUAGUUGGUUUGGAACUGACAAAGAGCUAAUUAACAUUUAUCUACUGUUGGAGUUUAUUAUGGCCAUGAGAGCAAAUGGAAGUGGUGUUAAGUUUAAGUAACUUUAGCUGAGAGCAUUAGCAAACAUCUGUAUGCUCACUCAUUCAUUGCUAAUAUUAAUCAACAACAUAAAAAUAGAGCACUGCUAAAUGCUAAUAAUAGUCAAUAUUCAACAGUAGUUAGUUUGAAAAUGCUUGCUGCUAACAUUACUUAACAUUGUGAGUCCAGUUGGUUUGGAGGUUAAGCUAAAACAGCUAGCUGUCAACAUAGCUAAUGUUCAUUAACUUAAUUUGAAGUUGAAGCUUUACUUGACAGCUAAUGGUAGUUUACAAUGAUAAUGCUGGUAGCUGGUAACUGCUAACGAUAUCCAACAUAGAUGUACGAGCUGGAAAUAUUAGUUGGUAGGAAGAUGUUCACAGCUACUGUUAGCUAACAUUAUGAAGCUAGUUAGUUUGUAAUUUAAGUUUCACUCUCACAUCAAGCUGUAAACAUUAGCUAAUAUUAAUAACUACCUGUAAUGUUAAACAUUAGCUAAUGUAGCUUCAUGCUAGCAUUAGUUAAUAUGUAUAAAUUUGAUUUAGAGAUUACACCAAUGCUGCCAAUUAAAGAAAAAGAUAGUAGUAGUUGGUUGAAAAUGCUAGUUUUAGCUAACACUAAAGUUAGCCAUUAGCUAAUAUUAAACUACUUCAGAGAGGUUUGAAUCUAAUGUAGUUCAGUGCUAACAUAAGCUAACAUGUUGUUACCAGUUGAAUCUUCAGCUCUGUUUUUAGUCUCCAUGAGAUCCAUACUUCAACAGAAUUUAACUGUUAACAUUUAAAGAGGCAGAAUCUGGUUCGAGGUUUAUUUGAUGGACGUUCAACCCUGAGCUCUGACUCGGAGGCUCCCACAACAGACAGACGUCUUUGACUGAUGCUUUGCACCCUGACGUUAAUAUUUUACUGUUUUUAUUUUUUAACCUUUCUGAGCUCUGAUGGAGGUUCGUAGUUUCAGGUUGGACAGAUGUAAGCAGCUGUUUGAGACUAUCACCUCAUGAUUGACCUUUCACAUGUGAUCAGGACCUUCAUCACAUCUAACUGACCCAAUAACACGCACAUGUUCAUUAACUGUAUUAGACUAUAUUAACUAUGUCAUAAACAAGAUAACGUUCACCUCAUUGAUCUGGUCCAACAGCUCACAUAGUAUACUAUAUGGCCAAAAGUAUUGGACAGCCCUGUCCAUAUACACUUUAAAAAUGAGAAUAUAUUUUAUUUAUUUAGAAAUUUCCAAACAGAUGUUACGAAGUUCUUUGCAAUCUAAUAAAUUAAAGAUAAAUGAAGCACAAGUAAGGUCAGUGGAAUAAAUAUUGAAACUGAGUAGCGCAACAAAGAUCAAAAACAAAUUCAAUAGUAAAAUAUUAAAAGAUGACAAAAACAAUAUGUAUGCACAUACAUGUGCAUGGAUAAAUACAUGUGCUGCUUGUUAUUCUUAUUUCAUGCCUGAUAAAUGCAAAGACAAGAAGAAGUGGUGCAACAUCCCAAAUGCUCAAAGUAGUUAAACUACUCCUCUGAAUUAUCCUCAUGUGCUUCAGUUUAUUCAUUAUGACAGAAGCUGCAGCCUGUUGCAGGAUUCAGCACCCACCUCUGUUCUUGUGCUGCAGACAUCAAGGAUCUACUCUGAACCAACCAACAGACUCUGCAGCUUUGAACUGACUUUUGAAGUUUGAUAAAUACAUUUUAUUCUGAG